AUGGGAGGGUGUGGGAGUGGGGUUUAUAGUGAGAGGAACCGAAAUAGGAUGGUGGGAGACACUAGCUGUGGAAGAGGAGAAGAGUUCCUUGUAGGGAAAUUUAGUUUCAUUAAACACUACAUCAUUGGAGAUGUAGAGACGCUCAUCAGCAGCAAGACAUUUGUAACCUUUGUGGGAAGUGGAGUAACCAAGAAAAACACAUUCUUGGGAUCGAAAUUGAAAAACAUUUUCCAGCCCUGUAAGGGAAUAUUACUUUUUGGUCCUCCUGGCACUGGGAAAACCCUUUUGGCUAAGGCACUUGCGACUGAAGCUGGUGCAAAUUUUAUUAGCAUAACUGGUUCGACCCUUACUUCAAAGUGGUUUGGAGAUGCUGAAAAACUAACCAAAGCACUCUUUUCGUUUGCCAGCAAGCUUGCUCCUGUCAUUAUUUUUGUUGAUGAAGUUGACAGUUUGCUUGGUGCUCGAGGUGGUGCUUUCGAGCAUGAGGCCACUAGAAGAAUGAGGAAUGAGUUCAUGGCAGCUUGGGAUGGAUUAAGGUCAAAAGAAAAUCAAAGAAUCCUUAUUCUUGGUGCCACUAACAGGCCAUUUGACCUUGAUGAUGCUGUUAUUCGUCGCUUACCAAGAAGGAUAUAUGUUGAUUUACCAGAUGCUGAAAAUCGAAUGAAGAUUUUAAGAAUCUUUCUUGCACAAGAAAAUUUGGAUUCAAAUUUUCAGUUUGACAAACUAGCUAACUUGACUGAUGGAUACUCUGGCAGUGAUUUGAAGAACCUCUGUAUUGCUGCGGCAUAUAGACCUGUUCAAGAACUCUUAGAGGAAGAAAAGAAGGGAGCCAGUGAGGGUACAACUUCAGUACUAAGGCCUCUUAAUGUGGAUGAUUUUAUUCAGGCAAAAUCCAAGGUGGGUCCAUCAGUUGCGUAUGAUGCAACAAGCAUGAAUGAGUUGAGGAAGUGGAACGAAAUGUACGGAGAAGGCGGUAGUAGGACAAAAUCACCUUUUGGAUUUGGGACUUGACCUCAUCACUAACCAAUGCAAUGCUUCUUUGAUUUGAUAGAUAGAUAGAUAAACAAAAGACUUUGAGCUUAUUACUUCUCACUGCCCUCUGCAUUUCGGUAGCAGUGCUUUCCCAAAUUUAUUUAUACGAAUUGGUUGUUAGGAGGAUGUUUCGUGCUGAUACAAGAGUAAUUCAGUUUAAUGUAUUGUAAUGAAAUGUAGGUAGCCUCUAAUUUUGUCUAGGGAAUGUGCUAUCUUAUGCUUAACAGUAGGGGUAAUUUCCCCAAUUAUAUAUAUAUUUUUUUCAGCUAUGUUUAAUAAUUAAAUUUCAUCA